AUGGCUGCCCCUUGUUAUACCGACAGUGGAUACUCUGCUCCUACGUCUCCGCCAUACUCAGCAUCGGUAACUGAUGGGGAGCGGAUUGUGGAGCUACGUCCGUCCCUAUCAUCCCUGCCUAAUGACCUCCCAGAUCAUUAUAUGUUUCAGUCUCAGCGCAUAAAGCUGGACCUAGGUGCGCGUAUCUGGCCAACUCGUACCCCAUGUUUUGGGCGUACAGGUGUAAUCGAAGGCACAGUGUCGGUGACGACUCUGGACCACAUCAAACGUCUUACUAUCAUGGUGGAAGCCAUAGUAAAAUCGUCGUUUAUGGAGCGAGGGAUACUCAUUGGGCAUAUCGAAUCCACGCUAUUCCAACGCUCGGUCACACUCUAUACAAGCACUCCUCCAACCGUAAAUAUUCUGCACUAUCCUUUCUCAAUAAACCUCCCCGAGACUUGUGACAAGAGCACAAACCUACUCCCUCCCUCUUUUAUAUGCUAUCUACCCGGCGUUUCAGCAGAAGUGCGAUAUCGUAUUCGCGUUGAUAUGCCACGUUCGGGUUUGCGUCGACGGGAAAGUCUAACUGUGCCCAUCCUAUACCUCCCUCGCUCUUACGCACCUCUGACCCCUCGUGCCAUCCCAUUGUUUGACGACCAAGUCCACCUGUCUGAUGCUCAAGGCAUGAAAGAGCUCCACCUUGCUCCCAAGCCGAUCGGCAGCUCUAAAAAAUCCAGUAAACCUCAAGCACUGACAACUGCCGAAGUUCAGGCCAAGAUCUCACUUCCCUCUCCAUUGAUUAUAUCUUCUGGGGAUCGGAUACCCUUUGUCAUCACUAUAUAUUCCCCAUCGCAAGCACUUGCUGCUCUUUAUACGGAUAUUUCGCUUCAGCUUGUCAAGGUUACGAGAAUUAAAGCAUACGAAAAAAUAUCGCUUAAGGAACUGGUUCUAGCUGCUGGCGAGGUAUACGAAUCUGAAGAACGAGGAGACGGCGUACAAAUCCUUCGCGGAGAGCUAGGAAAUGGUACUCCCGGAACUGAACUCUCCUGGUCGGCAGGGGAAGCAGUAGAAGUGAAGGUAUGA